CCCCCCCCCCCCCCCCCACCGCGGCCAUGACUUUGUUCAGGCUCACCACCCAGGCCUACUGCAAGAUGCUGCUACACGCCGCCAAGUACCCGCACUGCGCCGUCAACGGCAUCCUGGUGGCCGAGAAACACAAAAGGAAGGACGGCCAGCCCGUCCUCUUCGUGGACUGCGUCCCCCUCUUCCAUGGCACCCUGGCUCUCGCACCCAUGCUGGAGGUGGCCUUGACUCUGGUUGACUCUUGGUGCAAAGAAAAUAACUACGUAAUAGCAGGAUAUUAUCAGGCAAAUGAGCGUAUGAUGGACACCAGUCCAAACCAGGUUGCUGAAAAGGUUGCCUCUCGGAUUGCAGAAAACUUCAGCGAUGCUGCCCUAAUCAUGGUGGACAAUCACAAAUUUACUAUGGAGUGUGAAGAACAAUCGAUUAUAGUGUAUGAGCACCAUGAAAAUAAAUGGCGAUGCAAAGACCCAAACAUGGAAGAAAAUUGGUUAGUACUUGGACAUUUUAAUUUGAAUUUUGACUCUAUGAAGAGGGAAACACCUUCUUCAGGGAUAACAGGAUUUGAUUUUUGUGAAGAUUGGUCAGAGGUACAGCGAAUCACAAACUGUCUCCUGGAUGGUAAAUCCUAUGACUCCUUAGUGGAUUUUGAUAACCACAUGGAUGAUCUCAGGAAUGACUGGACAAAUCCAGAGAUUAACAAAGCUGUUCUUCACCUCUGCUGAGACAGCUUUCUAAGAAUGUUCUGGGCAUUUUUUUGAUAGCUGGGGACCUGCAGCCGCUUCUGACUGCAAAGAGUGACCCUUAAUGAAUGUGAAACCUGAUGAGUGCUGAUACUAAAGAAUGGAAACAAUAAGCACACCAGCUUACUGUGCUAAGAGAUAAGAUUUAUGCCUUCUGAUAAUUGAGCCAUGGAUCUCUUGGUAUUCACAACAGGACAAUAAGUUUGAUGAAAUCACAUUUUUUAGUUAAAUAGUUUCAGUCAUAAAUCAAACUUUGGGUAUUUCAAAAGGAGACAAGUGAAUUAUGUGUAAUUUUUUAACACUUGCACCCUCAACAUUUUUGUCUGUUUAAAAUGAAAUACUUUUAGAAUAUUUGAUUAAAUGAAAGUUUAAACUUCUCGACUGAAUAUCCUGCAGCAUGUUUGGUUAAUUUCAUUACUGUAGUUGCUAAUAUGGUUCAGCCCCAAUUUAAGAUUAGACUCCAGUUAAUUUGCAAAUAAAUGGGUGGGGAGGUAACAGGAAAAGACCUCCACUAAUUUUUCUCACUAAAAUAAUGGAAUUAUUUUUGCCAUGCAGCUUAAGCCCAUAUGAAACAUAAACUUUCUUACCUAGACACAGGUGCUCAAGAUUGAAUAACAGUCAUGGAUGCAAUUGCAUUUUAUACAAAGGUGCAAUGGUGUAUGUUACGAGAAAAUUAACUGUAAAAUUGACAGUGAUUUGAACUUAAUACAAUAACUGUACUUAAAGUACUUCACUGGGUGUAAAACAAUUUGGAAAGUUCCAACAUUGAUUUAUACAAUGUAUUUCACGAUCUCAAAUGUUUUCACAUUUGCAAAAUAUUUAAUACAGUUAGAUCUUUUUGAUUUGUAACUGAACUCCUAGAUAUAACAGCACUGAAGCUUGAACAUUGAAUUCUUGAAAUUGCACUCAACAUAGCAAGUCACUGGCUUCAUAACCAUGAGACAUCUGUAUGAAUAACGGUCCUAUCGUUAUGUAUUGUAAAAAUGUUAACAUUUUUAUUUAAAGCUCCAUGAAUGAAACCAUUUUACAAUAAAAUACCAUGCAAGUUUAGUUUCAAAAGCA